AUCUUUCUUUCAGCUCUAAAUAUUUUUCUGUCCAUUGCAGCGUUUUUGGGGAACACUCUGUUCCUAGUUGCCCUACACAAGGAAACAUCACUUCAUCCGCCGUCCAAACUCCUGUAUCGUAACCUAUAGCGAUAACUGAUCUCUGUGUUGGUAUCAUUGCUGAGCCUUUGAUUGUGACUUAUUGGACUUCUGCUGUUAAAGAAAGAUGGGAUAUUUGCUAUUACGCAAAUAGGCCACAAACUUUCUCAGGUUAUACUUUGUGUUCAGUAUCUUUAUUAACAUUGACUGCAAUAAGCGUGGACAGACUUCUCGCCUUGUUACUGGGGCUCAGAUACAGAAAAGUUGUAACUUUGAGAAGAACGUUUAUAACUGUG